AUGAUGGAUGGAUGUGUAGUUGGAGGAGGUGGCUCAAGUUUGAUGAUGGCUUAUGGGGACAGCAACAAUAAUAAUGCUUCUUCAAGUGUUCCCAUGAUGAUGAUGAUGAUGCAGCAUCAUCAGCAGCAGCAGCCUCAUAUAACUGGUUCUUCUUCUUCCCACCACCAACAACAAAACCACCCUACAAAUUCUUCUGAUACCUUAUUUCAUCCCAUACCUCAUCACCCAAGCAGCACCACCAAUAACCUCUACCAUGAAGCCCACCACUUUAAUCAUCAUCAUCAUCUUAGGGUAACUGAAGCUGGUUCAAGCUCUUCAAUGGUGCUGGAUGCCAAUAACAACAACUCCACUGAUACUAAUACUACCAAUCAUCAUCAUCAAGACUUGGGUGGAAGUGGUUAUUUUAUGGAGACUAAUGAUGAGGAGAACAACCACCACAAGAACAAUAACGAUGCAAGUGCUUCUUCCGCUGCUGUGAAGGCUAAGAUAAUGGCUCAUCCUAGCUACCCUCGUCUCUUGGCUGCCUAUCUCAACUGCCAAAAGAUAGGAGCACCUCCGGAAGUGGUGGCGAGGCUGGAAGAAGCUUGUGCUACCAUGGCAGCCCACGUGGCGGGUCGGACCAACAACUCGAACUGCAUCGGGGAAGAUCCGGGUCUAGAUCAGUUUAUGGAGGCUUAUUGUGAGAUGCUUACCAAAUAUGAGCAAGAGCUCUCUAAACCCUUCAAGGAAGCCAUGGUUUUCCUUUCCAGAAUUGAGUGCCAGUUCAAAGCCCUCACCCUUACUCCUGAUUCUGCUUUUGGAGAGGCUAUAGAUAGGAAUGGAUCUUCGGAAGAGGAUGUCGAUGUGAACAACAGCUUGAUAGACCCUCAGGCUGAAGAUCGGGAGCUCAAAGGUCAGCUAUUGCGCAAGUACAGCGGAUACUUAGGCAGCCUGAAGCAAGAAUUCAUGAAGAAAAGAAAGAAAGGAAAGCUGCCCAAGGAAGCGAGGCAACAGUUGCUAGACUGGUGGAGCAGGCAUUACAAAUGGCCAUAUCCAUCGGAAGCCCAGAAGCUGGCGCUUGCUGAAACCACAGGAUUGGAUCAGAAGCAGAUUAACAACUGGUUCAUCAAUCAAAGGAAAAGGCACUGGAAGCCGUCGGAAGACAUGCAAUUGGUGGUGAUGGAUGCUACUCAUCCUCACUAUUAUAUGGAAAAUGUUAUGGGCAAUCCUUUUCCAAUGGAUAUCUCUCCUGCAAUGCUCUAA